AUGGCCAAAUACGGGAAAGAAUAUACGAUUGAAUUGAAAAAACUCACAUUGGGUAUGAGUCAAUUACCUGGAAUUGAGCUCGUUCUUGAUAAAGUUGGGUUGAAAGAUAAGGUCAGUGUGCAAGAGUAUGCGGCUGAAUACGAUGCAUUGUUGCCUGAAUUAUUACCGCAAUGCUCACUGAUGAAAGGUGCGAUGCGCUUUGUGCGUCACUUGGCUGAGCACAAUAUUCCACGAGCAAUUUGCACCGGAUCACCGGAUUUAGAAUGCAAUAUCAAAUUAACGAAUCAUAAAGAACUGCGCGAUUUGAUUCCGUUUAUAGUUCGAGGCAGCGAUCCGGAGAUUCGUCGUGGGAAACCGGCUCCAGAUUGCUUUUUGGUGACGAUGAAUCGUUUCGAGAAGAAACCCGAAAGUUCGCGUAAUGUUUUGGUAUUUGAAGAUUCGAUUAAUGGUACUCGCGCUGCGAUUUCAGCCAAUAUGCAAGCCAUAAUGAUUCCCGAUGUUCGCUUCACAACACCACCGAAAGAGUUGAUCGCUCAAACUCGAAUGAUUCUGAACAGUUUCGAUGAUUUCAAGCCUGAAUCUGUUGGCUUACCUGCUUAUAAAUGUUGA